AUGGCAGAUCGCAUUGAAACCAGUUCUGAUACGCCUCCCGCUCAAUGGCAAUUUUCUAGUAGGCUCGAUGCACCCCCGAGAUACUCUGCAGUCUUUGCAGAUCCCGGAGAGCAAAUUUCAACAAACGCUAUACCUACCAAUCAUGAAUUCGUCCUCCAUGGGGGAAUUUUCAAGCCAAAACCAUGGGCAACACUCCGCGUCUUCAGCAGGCCAUCAAAGGUGAAGCAGAAGCACCCAAUUUUUUUCGGUGGGGACAAUGUGACUGGAGAAAUGAAGCUCAAGCUAGGCAAUCAAUCUAUCAGCUCCAUUUCGAUAUUAGUUGAGUGCCUUAAUAAUUUCCUGAAGGGACUUCUGGUCACCAGUUUCCGAUCUGAUGGAGGAUCCUAUACCUUCCUCGAGUACACUUAUAACGUGUGGGACAAAGGGGACGGUGAUCCAAGAUUAUCCGACGGUGCAGCCAAAAACAAUUUUAAUGGCAAACUAUCUGGGGACGUAGAAUUCUCUUUUGCAUUCCCAUUUCCCCCUACAGUCGAUCUCUCAUCAUUACCUUCUAACAAAGGGAAAGGCCAUCGUGGAUCAUCUGCUGUUUAUCAAACACCGCAAACUUUCUUAGACCACAACAUUACGUCUAAUAUAGAAUAUGAAUUGGUUCUUCUCAUAACCCAUGGCCCACUUCGUCCUGAUAGCAAACUCAAAGGCCGUAUUUGGUUCAUACCGCAAAUCACUCCUGAUCCACCUUCAGACAUGCGACAAAUGGCAUAUCGCGAAGGUGCAUUGCUACCAGGCCCUGAAGCAGAUCCAGAAGGCUGGCUCCCUUUACCUCCUCUUUCAAUCAGAGGUACGGUUCAACAGAAUAAAAUCAUAGAACUAGAGUACCAUCUCUAUCUGGCCAAACCUCUUUGCUAUACCAGAGGCACAGUUAUACCCUGCUAUCUCAUCAUCUCAAGCGCUGAUUCCCGGUCCCUUGAGAUCCUUGCUGAUUCUAAACUGCAAUAUGUCCGACUAGCUCGAUACAUACGAUAUUUUGAUUCACCCACCAAAUGCGUCCAGCAAACACUUCAAGGAAAGAAACCCAGUUUUCUGGAGGAAAUUGACGAAGCAGAGCUGGCCGUCUGGUGGAUCCCUCCCAAAGAUGUUCUCCAGGAACCAUAUUGUAAAAGGUUGGAAGGGGAAAUACACUUGGCAAAAGAACUUGCACCGUCAUCCAACUUUGCCCCAUUGUCUGUUGAGUAUUACGUUGAGGCCAUGGCCUUCCCCUCUGAGAUUUUUAAACAUUGCGAAUCAUCCAGUGGAUUAAAGAACGUUACGGAUGGUUUCGAGACGAAAAUAUUACAGAGUCAUCCCGUAACAAUUGCUACCUUCAAUGCUAGCGGUCCCCCUCAAGUAGCCUACACACCACGUCAGCGACCGUCGCUGGCGCAUCGAAAAGAUGACGACGGUGGGAUCGGAUUUAACCGCAUUUCUGGCGCUAAAUACGGGCUUGGCCACUCUGCUACCCUGGGAAUCUGA